CUGCGCAGAGGGGGUCAGCUGUUAGCAUCUCUGUAGCUAGCAGCGCUGUCGUGUUAGCUAAGCUUUCUCCAACACAGGUCUUUCCUCGGCAAAUGACCAGUGCUGCGAUCACGUUACAUGUCGAGGGCAACAAGUGUUAUCACCAGGGAAGACGUUUCAAACUCACCGAUCUCCCUUCUUCUUCUCGUCUUCUCUGGGGUGCCGUCCACAAUGUGGGUCAGUUUCUCCACGUCAAAGGUGGCGUUGCUCCGCUCUUUCGUGAUAUCGGGAUUCAUGGCUGUGCCUCAGACUGAGAACAGGUGUGUACGGUGAGUGUGUGUGUGUGCAGUGGAGAUAAUGGCGUGAGUCCUCCCUGUGCUGUUGUGUUGCUGUCUGAAGAAGUUGACCUGCGACUUUCACACGCCUGCGCACACAACAGAGGGGGAGGCGGGGACUGGCGGAGCACGUGACCUGCAUCCCGGAAGCAACACACUUUUGAUUUCAUGUCCAGCCUGCGUUUUGUUUGGUGUUUUGGAUCAAGACGAUGCUUCCACCUGCUGCAGCUUUUCAUUUCUCCUGGGAAAUAAGCACCGGGUCGGUCCAGGAAGGAGAAUCAGUGAGGACGUUCGGCAGACUUGUCUGCUAUCAGCCUGAGGAGUCCAGAGCAACGCUGUCAGCUCAGCACGCUUCCAAAGAGCACCAUGUGAUCGUCCACACAAUGUUUGUGGAGCCCUUUAACCCAAUAAUUGGAGCCCAGUACAUAGUUCUGGGUGAAACUGAAAAUUCUGAGGUUUGUCCCUUCUGUAGGACUGGCAGGGAGACUAUAAAUGGCCGGGUCUGGUUUCCUCUCACAACUGCCUGUUUAUGCUGUCUACGGGUUGGCCACAUGGUCCGUGCCCGUGUGCUGAACUGUGUGGAUGGUGUCAACAUAGCACUGCUGCAGAAAGCCAUCAAUGAGCAAAGAAGCUUCUUCAGGGAGAGGAAGUGUGAGCAGGGUGAAGGAGAUGCAACCUGAUCCGGGUCUUCAGUCUGCAAGUUUCCCAGGGUGCUUGUUGAUCGUCAGGCCCACGGCUGUCAUAGAAGCUCCGGUGAAAUUCAAGACUGAUUGUUUAUGUGUAAAAGACAUAGGUUUACUUUUUGUCAGUUAAUAUGAAAACCUUGUUUAUGUCGGACCAUAACAGAUGUCUGCUCUUUCUCAGGAUGAAAACCGCAAAUUAAUGGUUUGAUAAAAGGAUUUACUGUUUGGUCAAAGAAGAACCAAACAGAUAUUUUGUAUCUGUACUUUAAAAGUAUUUUGCAUUUUACUAAUGUCUUUGUCUUUAGAUUUAAUUAGUAAUAUAUUUUAAUAUAAUACACAUUUUUCAGUGCUUCUAUUUUUUUAUGGUGUAUGGUACCAAUCAAAAUCAUGGACUGUUAGAUCUGUCAUACUGUAUGUGGAUCAUGUAAUAAAGAUCAAAUCAAAACUUUGUAGAUAAUUCCAAUUAAUUUAUAAAUAGCUUAACAUAUAAAAUAUUAAAAACAUCAAUACCACACUUGGCACUGAUCAGAGGGUUUCAAAGGUGUCUGUCAAGGUGAAAUAUCAGAUACAUUUAUGCAGCUUGGUGUAGUCUUGCUUGUAAUAUAAAAUUCUAAAUUCUAAGAAUUUUUUGUUUCUCCCUUAUCGGAUUUGUUCUUUUCUUUUUACAAGUCUGAAGACAUGCAACUAAUAAAUCGAGAAGUUA